AUGCUCCGUUCCGCCGUCGUACGGCCCGCGAGACUCACCACCGCCGCUGCUCUGCACUGGCGCUACCCGGCCCUUGAAACUGCUAUCCCGUGCCGAGGCGCCGUGAGGAUGGGCUACAGUACCGUCCCGACGCCCGAGCGGUGCUAUGCCGACUUCUGUCUCGUGCCUGUCGGCACGGCGAACGUCUCGGUAGCCGAAGAGGUGGCCGAGGUCCAGAAGCUGCUGAAGGACAGCGGGCUCGCCUACACAAUGCACUCGGCCGGCACUACCGUUGAGGGCUCCUGGGACGAGGUCAUGCGGGUCAUUGGACAGGCGCAUUCUGUAGUGCAUCAGAAAGGGGUCCUGAGGGUGCAGACCUCGAUGAGAGUCGGGACGAGGACGGACAAAAAGCAGACGGCGCAGGACAAGGUCAAGAGAGUCGAGGACUUACUUGCGAAGGGCGAAAAAUAG